UCUCUCUGCAACUCCCAAAUCCCAUCUCUCUCUCUCUCUCUCUCUCUCUCUCUCUCUCUCUCUCUAUUAUAACUAGUAUAGCGUGCUGUCAUCCAUUAAAACUUCCCCCUGUCCCUGCAACGCCUGAAACCUAUUCCUCUAACCCGUUGUCUCUCCCUCUGCAAUUUCCAUAUCCCAUCUGUCGCGCUUUUCUCUCUGCAAUUCCCAAAUCCGAUCUCUCUCUUUUUAGCCUCCAAAUCCCAUCUCACUUCUCUCUCUCUCUCUCUCCCACUCUCACUCCCUAUGUCCGGCUUUAACUACUAGCGGGCUUAUUUCCCACUUAAUCUCUCUCUCUGAUACUCAUACACAUACCUCUCUCUCUCAAACAAACAGAUACAUUUUAACUACUAAUAAUUCCCUACUGUCACCCACUAAAACUCAUCCCCCUCUUUCUCUCUGCAAAUCCCAUGCCCCAUUUCUCUCUCUCUCUCUAAACAACCUCUGCAACUCCCAAACCCCAUGAUUUGCCCCAUUUCCAAACUCUAAAACACCAUCAAACCCAAACCCAAAAGGGAAAAAAGGAAAAAAACAACAAAAAAGGAAUACACAAUCAAUGGCUUCUCGCCCAAUUCCUGCAUCCACUACUCAUCUCUCUAAAACCAAAUUUAGGAUUCUGACACUCUGCUUAGCACUCACAGCUUCAGGUCUCUUUCUCAUAGGCUUAAUAAUCAUUCUCUUCUAUCUGUACAAAACCCUCUUCUCCAAACCCUCGAAAACCAGUCCCUUCGAUUCCUCUACCUCUGCAAAUAGGCUCCACCAUUUCUCGUAUAAUGAGCUGAAACUCGCCACCAAUUCAUGGACCAAUGAGCUGGGUCGAGGCUCCACUGGUUCAGUUUUCAUGGGGUCUCUCAAAGAUGGUAGACAAGUUGCAGUGAAAAAACUCAGGCCUGAUAUGCCUCUCUGCGAAAGAGAAUUUCAGAAUGAGCUCUCCAUUUUAGCAGGUUUGAAUUCACCAUUCAUUGUCUCUCUUCUUGGUUAUUGCAUUGAUAAGAAGAGGAGGCUUCUGGUCUAUGAGCAUUUGCCUAACAAAAGCUUACAAGAAGCUCUCUUUUCAAGCCCCAUGGUUCUUGACUGGGAGAAGAGAUUCAAGAUCAUUAUUGAUAUUGCAGAAGCCUUAGGGUUUCUGCAUCUUCAGUGUGAUCCGCCCAUUGUUCAUGGUGAUAUCAAGCCUAGCAAUGUGCUUUUGGACUCUAAUUUUAGGGCAAAAGUUUCGGAUUUUGGGCUUUCUAGGGUAAAGAAUGAAGGUGAAUUUGGGAUCGAUCUCUUUAGCCAAGAACUGGUAGGUAAAAGCCAAGAGCUAUGGAAGAGUCAGGAGCUCAUAGGGAAGAGUCAGGAGCUAUGGAAGAGCCAAGAUCUCGGAAAAAAUUGCAGAGGAAAACCCAAGUCCGAGAUUUCUGAUCACACUGUAAAUCAAGUUGCAGAGACUGCGAAUUUGGCUUCUGAUACAGAGGUAGACUUUGCCCUAGCUUUACAAGCUUCUUGUAGCCAUAGCAGAUUGGAAUUGAGCCCAAAAAACUGUGAUUUUAAUGGAUUUUCUACAAAUGGUGAGGAUGGGUUGGCUUCAAAUUUGAAGGGGAAGGAGGUUUCAAUUGAACCUGAAGACUCAGAGGAUGAAUUGUGUAGUUUUGAUCAUAGCAAAGAGCUAAGCAACGCAUCACCUGUGGAUACUAAGCAAUGGGGUAAAGAUUGGUGGUGGAGACAAGAUGGAAGUGGUGAACUUUGUAGCAGAGAUUAUGUAAUGGAGUGGAUUGGUAAUCAGAUUUGCCCAUCAAGAAAUCCAGAUUGGGAUGACAAGAGAAGUCCUGAAAAACCAGAGAAAGAGGAAGUUGCAGAGAUCACAAAGAAAACCCAAGUUGUGGAAAUGGCUCGCCAUGACAGGGAGCUAAGCUUCAAUGAAAAUGGUAGCACCCACAAAUUUAGAGGAGCAAAGGGAAAAUGCUCAGCUAAAGACAGCAAGAAGAACAGGAAGAUCAAGGAAUGGUGGAAAGAAGAGUAUUUUGCAGAGAUGAGCAAGAAGGGCAAGAAGUUGAGGAAGCUCGAUAAGAAUCGGAGGAGUUUCAGGCUCCUGAGUUGCUUAAAAAAAACCGGCUUUUUGGGGGAAAACCAGAUUGGGAAAGAAAGCAAAUGGGGCAGUUUUAGGUUUCCAAAUUGCUUAAAUAAAAAUGGGUUCCCAGGAGAAAACCGUAUAGAGAAAGAAAACAACUGCGAAGGGAGCAAUAAAGAUGGGGAAUUAAGCUUUGGUAAGAACUGGAGGAGAAAAAGAAAUCGCUCAACUGCUAAUAGUGAGCUAUGGAGUGGCGAUUUGUUCAGUCGAGAGCUAAGUAGUACCACGAGCAUGAGGGGAACUGUGUGCUAUGUAGCCCCUGAAUAUGGUGGGUGUGGAUACCUAAUGGAGAAGGGAGAUAUAUACAGUUUUGGUGUUUUGAUACUGGUUAUUAUCUCAGGUAGAAGGCCAUUACAUGUUUUGGCCUCACCCAUGAAGCUUGAAAAAGCAAAUUUGGUGAGUUGGUGCAGGCAAUUAGCUCAAACUGGUAAUACAUUGGACCUUGUUGAUGAGAGGUUGGGUGAUAAGUACAAUAAUGAUCAAGCAAGUUUGUGCAUAAAUUUGGCUCUAGUUUGUUUGCAAAGAAUGCCUGAGCUGAGGCCUGAUAUUGGGGAGAUAUUGAGAGUUUUGAAGGGAGAGAUGGAGCUAUCUUUGCUUCCAUUUGAGUUCUCACCAUCCCCACCUUGUAAGCUAUAUAGCAGGUCAAGGAGGAGACAGACAAUGGACACUGAGUAAAUUUCUUUUCACUUCUUUUUUAUUUGAUUUUCUUUGGUUUUUUGGUUUGGCUUUCUUGAGAUAUCUCUGUUUUCAGAGGCUUCUUUGGUUGUAACAUAGACUGAGAUACUGGUUUACCUGAAAAGAGAAAUAGGUUUCUUGUUGAACGCCCGAGACUAUGAACUGAUCAGAAAUCUCUCUCUAAAGAUAGAGAGAAGUUCAUUGCUCAAGAAACGCUGCUCUUUAUGAAGAGAAAAACAUGGGUUUUACCUGAAUCUCCUUUAAUUAUGAACUGAGGUUAUUUUUUGCUAGGAUUCA